AUAUUCAGAGCAACGCCAUCUGGCAACACUGGCGCUGCAUUAGCGGCAAAAGAAAUAAGUUUUUUGCCAUUAGUUCUGUCGCACAACAAUUAUAAAGCUCGGCCAGCUGGGUUGCACAGGAGCGGAGGCGGCGGAAAAAGAGAGAAUAACAGAGAAACAAACCAAAAGACACGGCAAAUCAGUCUAGUCAACAAAAGCAGACCAAAUGAGCACGCACUUCGAGACUAACGAGCAGCACAAACUAAGCCAAAAAUAAAGCUAAAGAUAAAAGAGAGGCAGAGGCAGAAGGUAGCAGCUGAAGGCAGCAUCAUCACACUAGCACUUCCCACUACACUGAGCGAAAUCGAGACGAAAAUCGCCAGCAAGAUGCGGGUGGUGGCCAUGGUCAGCGGCGGCAAGGACAGCUGCUACAACAUGAUGCAGUGCGUCGCCGAGGGCCACGAAAUCGUCGCCCUGGCCAAUCUGCAUCCCAAGGACAGAGACGAACUGGACAGCUUUAUGUACCAGACGGUCGGCCACAUGGGCAUCGAGAUUCUGGCCAGCGCCAUGGGAUUGCCGCUCUACCGGCGCGAAACCAAGGGCAAGAGCACCCAGACCGGCAAGCAGUACGUGCCCACCGAUGACGACGAGGUCGAGGAUCUAUAUAGUCUGCUGGAGACAUGCAAGCACGAACUUCAGGUGGAUGCGGUGGCCGUGGGCGCCAUCCUGUCGGAUUACCAGCGCGUGCGUGUGGAGAACGUGUGCAGCCGCCUGAACCUGAUAUCCCUGGCCUACUUGUGGAGGAGAGAUCAGACUGAAUUGCUGCAGGAGAUGAUCGACUGCCAGGUGCACGCCAUCAUCAUUAAGGUGGCUGCCCUGGGCCUCGUGCCGGAUCGUCACCUGGGCAAGUCGCUGCGCGACAUGCAGCCGCACCUGCUGAAGAUGCGCGACAAGUAUGGACUGAAUGUGUGCGGCGAGGGCGGCGAAUAUGAGACAUUCACCUUGGACUGCCCGCUCUUCCGGCAGCGCAUCGUUGUCGAGGACAUCCAGACGAUCAUCAGCAGUGCCGAUCCCAUCUGCCCGGUGGGCUACAUCAAUUUCACCAAACUGACGCUGCAGCCAAAGGAGGCGGCGGGCGCGGCCAGCGGCGGCGGCGGCUGCGGCGAGGUUGUGUUCGUGAAGCGUUCACUCGACUAUAUUAGCGAUCUGAACGAAUCGACGUACAGCGACCUCAGCGAUCCGGACUUUAGCGAAACGGAGCUGGAGCUGAUCGAGAAGGAGACAAGGCUGCGCGAAUCGCUUAGCCAAAGUGAGCUGAUCUCGCGCAGCAACUCCUUUGGCCGCCAUCUGGCCGCCACCGCCUCCUCGCCGAUACCCAUUGUCACGAAGAGCGCCAGCGUCGACGAGCCCACAGCGGCGGCGGCGGCAACCACGAUCCUGGGCGGUGGGCUGGGUGGACCGCCGAUAUGUUCCACCUCAGCCUGUGCGUCCAUGCUGCUGGCCACCACCGCCGACGGCCUGAGCAGCCUGGCCAGCUCACAGAGCCACGGCGGUGGACAUGGGCUAGGCAGCAGCACGGCCGCCGUGUGCGGCUCGCUGUCGCUGGCCAUCUCCUCGCUUGGGCUCAGCGCCAAUACCUGCUGUCAUCCGGGCGGAGCUGGAGGAAUAGGAGUGGGAGGAGCAACCACUUCGGCCAUCACACAGCCGCCCAGUCCGCUGAAGUACGAGCGGGAAUUCCGUCCACUGGCCAACGAGGCCAGAGCGGCCAUCAAUGCCAAGGGCUGGAUGUGGCUGGCGGGCAUACAGGGCUCCGGAUCGGAGGGCAUGGAGCAGGGAAUGGAGCAGGCUCUGGACACGCUGCGCGACAUGUGCCACGCCAAGGGCUACGAUCUGCAGGAUCUGUGCUAUGUCACGCUCUACGUGCGCUCGAUUGGCGAGUAUCCGGCGCUGAAUCGUGUCUACCAUCGCGCCUUCGACUUCCAUAAUCCACCGACGCGCGUCUGUGUCGAGUGUCCACUGCCCGAUGGCUGCCAUGUGGUGAUGGAGGCCAUCGCCUACCGUCAGCCAGUGGCCGGUGCGAUAUCCAGUGCCGAGGAGCGGGAUCGCGAGGGCGAGGAGACAGCAGCGGCGCUGCUCAACGGGCGUCGGAACACGAUGCAUGUACAGGGCAUCUCGCACUGGGCACCGGCCAACAUUGGUCCAUAUAGUCAGUCCACCAGGAUUGGCGACAUCACCUACAUCUCCGGCCAGAUCGCCCUGGUGCCCGGCAGCAUGACAAUCAUCGAGGGCGGCAUCCGUCCGCAGUGCAAGCUCACCUUGCGCCACAUCAGUCGCAUUGCCAAGGCGAUGAACGCACACGGCCAGCUGCGGGAUGUGGUGCACGGCAUCUGCUUUGUGACCCAUCCGGCCUUCAUCGCGGAGGCGCGUCGCCAGUGGGAGCGUCGCACCACCAAUGCCAUCAUGGACUACAUAGUGCUGCCGGCGUUGCCGCGGGAGGCCCUGGUGGAAUGGCAGGUGUGGGCGCACACCCACAACGAUCGAUUCGACUACGAGGAGACUGGCUGUUCGGUGGGCGACUACACCAUCUCGAUACGUCGUCGCUGGAACUACGAGAACAACUGUGCGGCCAUUGUGUGCUACGUGUCCACCGGGUUGGCCUCGUCCACCACCCAGCUGACUCAGCUGAGCGACGACAUCCUGGGCAACCACUGCCGUCUGGCGCAAUCGGUUAGUGCCGAGCAUCUGGACGAGAUUCUGACCUAUGUGGUGAAUCGUCUGCUGAAGGACUAUCCGCUAGCCAAGAAGCAGCCGCAGCAGCAGCCGCCGUCGAAUUCGGCUACACCACCUGCCACGCCAACACAACCAGGCGGCGCUGGCGGGGAUCAGCAGCAACCAGUGCCGGCAAUCCACCUGAAGUUGUUCUACCAAGUGAAUGCCGCUCCGGCAACGGAUGUACUGCUCCAGGCACUGCACGAUUUCCGUCUCAAGUGCCAGGAUACGGCCGCCAUUGUCUACACAGUGCUGCCCGCCUGCAGCCUGCACAACUUCAGUACGUUCCUGUCCAUUUGUGGAGUGAGGCACGAGUAGGAGCCCCACGCAGGGUAAUGGAGGAUGAGGAUGAGAACGGGGAUAAAGAUAAGGAUGAGGAUGAUGAGGAGGAGGAGGAAAAUGAUGAAACAAUUUGCUGCCACCGCACCAAGCAGAACACAGAAUAUAUAUAUAUACACCACUAUAUAUACACAGAUAUAUGUAUAAUGGAUGGGUCCCUAUUUGGUUUGACAAAGAAUCGCAUCGUCAGAAAGUAAACUUUGGAUAAUUGCGAGCCAGUUGGUUUUCAAAACUAAGCAUCUAUAUAAUAAGAGUCAAAAUAUUAAUUAUUUUGUAAUGCUUCCAACACAAUAACCGUUUGCCUGUUGUAAAUGGGAAAAAUCAAAUUAAUUUUCUAAUUGCAUUUUUUUUUUUAAAUAAUUAAACGUCUUCGUAAAUUAUUUCACAUAUUCCCUUAAUCUUUUGUGCAUGCAGAAUUAUCACAGGACCAACUGCCAAAUAUUAUACAGACUUUACUUUCUGUCCCAACAUUUUUCAGUUUGCAUAAAAUACAAAUCGACCCACUUAAAUGUAAAAUCAGCUUGCCCUUUGUUGAUAUUGUUAACUAGCAGAUGAUCCUAAGAUCGGAAAGGUGCCGUAGAGCCUGCAUGCGUAUCCAUAGAAUAGCUCACUUCGUGUCGCAGUUUCGGACCAAACUCUCUCACAAAAGAACAAAAAAAACCAAAAACACUCAAAUCGGAUCUAUGCAACUCAAGUGUUUCAGCAACUAGCGAAGGAAAACCAAGCAUACAAAUUCAAUUUAAAGCAACUUUAUAUAUUAUAUACGAAAAAGCAAACCAUUUUUGUGCACUCUUUUGCCCAAAAACAAAAAAAAAGAAACCAACAAACAACUGUAACUAUACUCUUAUACAACUAUUAACUAUUAAUCGUUUUUCGAUGUGCUUUUCUUUACGCUCCGAUUUUUUAUAUAUAUAUAUAUAAAUGUACAUCUCAGCGAUUUUUCUUCAUUUUCAAAUAGCCACAAACUUUUGACCAAACAAAAACACUGAAACAAAAAAACGGCAGCAUUGUAAAGCAAUUGAUUUUUAUAUGUCGUUGAGCUUUAAAUAUUGUGGAAAGCAGAUGAUGUGGCCCACUCUUUGACCACGUCGCAUCAUUUUCAUUAUCAAUAAUCCGAAUGUAGCAAAUUCGCCAUAGAGAACCUAGUUUUUAUCACCUUUUUUUUUCAUUUUUGUUUUUAUAGAUAUCGAAAUUACCGAAUAGAGAUUACUGAAUGUGUUGCUUAGAGUACAACUUGUCCAUAGUUUUUCCUGCACAAUCUGCGACAGAAAAGAAAACGAUUUUGGUUGACUUCCACACCAAAAAUUUGGUCAGCAUACACUUUUAUAAUGUAAAGUACGAUACGAUAUCGAUGGGGCGCUGAGCGGGGGAAUGAUAAAAAAUGAUUAUUACAUGCUAUUAUGUAUUGUUAUGAAAAAAAAAA